GGCUCUGUCUCCGACUGAUGCAGAUGAGAUUGGUACACUACUUCCAGCAGCAGCAAGCCUGUCACCCUAUGCCGGGUUGUCUGCAGCUAUAUUUAGUGUGUCGCCGGGUAAAGCAAUAGCACCUCUAAUAUGGGCCCUUGAGCUGGACCAAGAGAGGGCGCUGUUUUCUUAGCAACGAAGGCUCAUUUGGUCGGAACUGAACGUCGCUGGUUCGCGAACGAUUAGGAAGUGAACACAUCGAAUGCAUCGCUACCAACAAGACUGAACAUUCGCAACCAGUGAGGCUCUUUUCAAACGAUUAGGGGAUGCUUCUGCUUGAGGCGGAUAACUUGAUGUUUAACAGUGAUGAGGGCGGUGCUCAUCUUUGGGAGUCUCACUCAAAGAUCAUCUGCAGAAUGGUAAUUCAGAACUGACGGUGGAGAAUGGCCACACAGCUCUCGUAAUUGGGUUGAAAGACAAAGUAGGAAUUCUUGCUCGCACUCUCAUGAUAUUCGAGGAGUAUGGCAUUAACUUGUCGCUGAUUGAGUCUCGCCUGUCCAAGCGAGACAAAGGAGACUACGAAUUCCUGAUAGUCUGCGAAGAGAAGGCGGACAAGUUGGACACUGUCCUGGAUAAGCUGAAAGAGAAGGCAAAGUAUGUCCAAGUGCUUUCGCCUCCCUCAGAGAAAAAAACAAUCCCGUGGUUCCCGAGAAAGAUCAAGGAUACGGAUACGCUUGCCCGGAGCAUCGUGGGAUAUGGAGCAGAUUUCGAGGCGGACUAUCCAGGCUUCGCUGAUCUUGCGUACCACGCCAGGCGCAAAGAAUUCGCUGACAUUGCUUUCAACUACAAAUAUGGGACCCCGAUUCCCCGCGUCACCUACACGAUCAACGAGAUCAAGACCUGGGGCACCGUGUUUGGCAAGGUGACCGAGCUGUUCCCCACCCACGCCUGCCGGGAAUUCAACCACAUGUUCCCUCUCCUGGUGGAGAACUGUGGCUACCGAGAGGACAACAUUCCACAACUUGAAGAUGUCUCAAACUUCCUCAAAGAUCGCACUGGAUUCACCCUCCGCCCAUCGGCUGGAUUGAUUUCCUCAAGGGAUUUCCUUGCUGCCUUGGCGUUCCGUGUGUUCCACUGUAGCCAGUACAUCAGGCACGGAUCCAACCCUUGGUACACACCAGAGCCUGACAUUUGCCACGAGCUGAUUGGACACGUGCCCAUGUUUGCAGAUCCCAACUUUGCCCAGUUCUCGCAGGAUAUUGGUUUAGCUUCUCUUGGUGCACCUGACGAAUACUUAGAAAAGCUGUCAACAUGCUACUGGUUCAUUGUGGAGUUCGGGAUGUGUAUUCAGAAUGGUCAACGCAAAGCAUACGGUGCUGGGCUGCUGUCCUCCUUCGGGGAACUGCAGUACUGUCUGACUGACAAGCCCGAACUCAAACCCUUCGACCCGGCUAAGAUGGCGGUGCAAAAGUACCCCGUGGAGGGUUUCCAGCCAGUUUACUUCAUAGCAGAGAGCUUUGAAGACGCCAAGAAUAAAAUGAGACAGUAUACCUCCAGCAUACCACGGCCCUUCUUGCUCCGCUACGAUCCCUACACCCAGUCUGUGGAGGUGUUGGAGAAGAAGACACAGCUGAAGGAGCUGGCCCAGUCUAUCCGAGGUGACUUGAACAUCCUGAUCGGUGCUGUCGACAAAGUGUCUUGAACAGACCCGAUUAUGCCUGGAAUUCUUCACGAAGAAACUUGCCGGACGUUUCAGAUGAGUGACAGACUUUAUGGGAAAAUUAUUGAACUGCCUGAAGGAUCGAUUAAUUUGACUAUAUGACAUUAUUUACUGGCUAGUUGUCAUAGACGUUUAAAUGAUAUUUGCGUAGGAUAACGAAAUUCCGGCCCUCUUAGUUUGUGAAGUGUUGCAAUGUCAUAAUAUAAACGAUAAUUGUUAAAAUACACUAAACACCCAAAAAAAUCUGCAAGCACAUUUCGUAAGUUGGUAAUUUAGUAGGAGACGGGAUUUCCAGAUUAUGCCAGCACUGUUAAACUCAAACCUUUUCUUCCGUCUUUCUUAAGGAAAAACACUAAUUAUCUUGAAGUUACCUCUGGUUCAAAUUAUCAUUCCAAAAUCGCACCGAACCAAUAGUAUUAAGAACGAAUUUGCUCAAUCCAAAUAUGACGUCACGCUCUGUUUACACGUGCACUUUUCUAUGGCAGUCAGGUGGGAAAGCGCACGUGUAAACAAAACGUGACGUCAUUAUAUUUUACGUCUAUUGAUUUGGGUUUUAGAUUAGUAUCUAUGCAAGCCGCGAGCAGCACUAGAAGUACAAAAUACACACGCAGCUCGCUUCUUGUGUUAUUCCUCACAAUUAUUUUAGAUGAUAAAGACAUAAAAUGAUCAUAAUCAGGUCGGCAAGCAUAAGACCCUAAUUAUUUAUGGGACAAUUCAUGUAUUUGGUAAACACGUGCACAAAAAUAAUCAUGGGCCGAUAAGCACAACUGGGAAACUUUGGAUAGAACGAUACAACAGUAUCGAUAAGAGAAGAUAAGGAUGAGGCGAUAGGCUGUAAACAUAUGUUUCUAUAAGUGGCUCUAGCGUCAUUUUGCCACCCAGCUAUAGUUUUGUUGGUCAUAAUGUUUCUGUCACAGAAUUAGAUGAAAAUCGUAUAUUUACAUCAUCCACAUCAUAAUUUCUAUGUGUCGAUCCGCGUUUGCCAAGGCAUCCCAGAACGGCAAGGCGUCUGGCGGAUUGUGGGAUUCUAAAAGUCAAUUUUCCUAACUAGCACACAUGAACAAAUCUUGUAUCGAGUUUAGCUCACGAGACGUCUGAAUCUGAACCGUUUCUGAGUCAUUCCAAACGACCGCAGUCUCCGAUUUUCUAACGUCCUGUACAGGUAAUCGUUCCUAAUAACAAUUUCAUGCAUCAAACUUUCAGUGCACUUUAUCAAAAUCUCGACAAUAAUUUGAUCCGAUGCGACCCUGGUUUUUCCGUUUGUCGUGUAGUAUUAGAUUCAGAUUUGUAUUUUAAGCGUGUUUAAAUUGGUCAUAUCCAUGAUGCACGCUACACUAUCAGUAUCCUUGUAAGUACUGUAUACAUAUACCACAUCGUUUAAACGGAUUUUUGUCUUCAUUAUAACUUUGAUACCAUUUUUUGUAAAUAGGACUUUUUAUGGUUAAAAACGAUAUCUUAUCGUGGUUAACUUUUACUUUUUAAACUAACCUUUGGGACAUUUUAAUGUUGGUCAUUGAACUGAUACGCUAAACAAAGUAGGAAAAUUUGGGGGUGGAACUUUGAAGAAAGUAUCCCCUUACAUAUGUAUUUAAUGAUUGAAGGUCUUCUAUUUUUAUGAGGGAUAAAGUUGUAAUGAGGCGGUUUUGUUGAUCGAGCACUUACAUAAAACGUGGUCAGCGCCCACGCUUUUGAGUGUUCUGAACCCAGAAUUUUUAAUGUUAAACCAAGCACUCUAAAUAUCAGAUCCAACAGUUGAAGAGUCAGUUCAACAUUUUAAGUGUUACUUCAAUAGUUUUCCCUAAUAUCGUUGAAUCAGCAUUUAAAACGUUUAAUACGAGCGUUUCACACUACUGCGCCUCGAAGUUUGCAACGCGUUCGCCCAUCACAGUGCCAAAUCUGUCAACCCAAUGAACGUUUAGGGAAGGGUCCACAGA